UGAAAUUGAAUUAGACCUUAGAAGGUUGGGAAUUGGGAUUAAUGGAGGAUUGUAAGUGUAAAGUAUGGUCACCUCUAUUCAUGGUUUCACUCUUCUUGUCAAGUACUACUCUAGUGUUUGUGAAUUCAAUCCCAACAACCCUUGAAGGACCAUUUGAACCAGUAACUCAACGCUUCGAUCCAUCUUUGCGUCAAGGAAGCGAUGACUUACCAAUGACUAAUUCUCGGCUGGCCAAGAAGGUUAACUCUACCUUCCCUGAACAGAUCGCUCUUGCCAUUUCUUCUCCAACUUCAAUCUGGGUUUCUUGGGUCACUGGGGAUGCUCAGAUUGGUACCAAUGUCAAACCUCUUGAUCCUUCGACAGUGGGCAGCGAGGUCUGGUAUGGAAAGGAGAGUGGGAAAUACCCAUUUACCCAAAGAGGGACCUCGACGGUGUACAGUCAACUGUAUCCAUACGAGGGGCUGUUGAACUACACAUCAGGCAUCAUUCACCAUGUGAAACUUGAAGGUCUUGAACCUGGGGAAAGAUAUUACUUCAAGUGCGGGGACAGUUCAUUAUUGACUAUGAGUGAAGAACGUAUAUUUGAGACCUUUCCAUUGCCUGGUCCAAAUAGUUAUCCUCGUCGGAUAGCUGUUGUUGGAGAUAUAGGCCUGACAAGCAAUUCAUCAACUACUCUUGAUCAUCUGAUUGAGAAUGAUCCCUCAAUGUUAUUAAUGGUUGGGGACUUAACUUAUGCAAAUCAGUACCUUACAACAGGUGGUAAAGGAGCUUCAUGCUAUUCCUGUGCUUUUCCAGAUGCACCCAUCAGAGAGACGUAUCAACCCCGCUGGGAUGGCUGGGGAAGGUUUAUGGAGCCACUGAUUUCAAGAGUGCCUAUGAUGGUGAUUGAAGGCAACCAUGAGAUUGAGCCUCAAGCUGGUGGCAUCACUUUCAAAUCAUAUGAGACGCGAUUCUCUGUUCCCUCACAGGAGUCGGGCUCCAAUAGUAGUUUCUACUACUCAUUCAAUGCAGGGGGAAUACAUUUUAUCAUGUUGGGAGGAUAUAUUGACUACAACAGUACUGGUGCUCAAUAUGCUUGGCUAAAGAAAGAUUUACAUCAAGUAGACCGCAGUGUGACCCCUUGGGUGGUGGCUGCUUGGCAUCCACCUUGGUAUAAUAGUUAUUCAUCACAUUAUCAGGAAUUUGAAUGCAUGCGGCAGGAGAUGGAAGCACUUCUUUAUCAAUAUGGUGUCGAUGUUGUCUUCUCUGGUCAUGUUCAUGCUUAUGAGCGGAUGAAUAGGGUGUACAAUUACACGUUGGAUCCAUGUGGACCUGUCUACAUAACAGUAGGAGAUGGUGGUAACAUUGAGAAAGUGGAUCUUGAGCAUGCAGAUGACCCUGGAAAGUGCCCUUCAUCUGGAGAUAACAUACCUGAAUUCGGAGGGGUAUGCCAUUUGAAUUUCUCCUCAGGACCUGCAAAGGGAAAUUUUUGUUGGGACAAACAACCAGAGUGGAGUGCUUAUAGGGAGAGCAGCUUUGGCCAUGGAAUACUUGAGAUGUUUUCCUUGCAGGUUGUAAACUCGACAUAUGCCUUGUGGACUUGGCACAGGAAUCAGGACAUUUAUAACAACAGCUAUGGGGAUCAAAUAUACAUAGUUCGCCAGCCUCAAUUGUGCUCCACGAAUACCAGCAAUUCGACCACAUCAAGCUCCACAAAUACUAGCAAUUCGGCCACAUCAAGCUCCACGAAUACCAGAAAUUCGGUCACAUCAAAUGUUGGUUUUUAUGGCCUGAAAUUGCAUUUUUCAUUUUUAUAUGGAUUUAUUUAUUCGUUCUUUUAUAUUGUAAUUAUAAUUGCAUCUGUAUUAUUUUGAGA